AUGUCUUCUCAUCUUUCAUCAUUCAACCCAGCGUCCUGUUUUUCCCUUCUAACCUCUCCCUUCCUCCGCAGGGGUCCGUUCAGCCUGGUGCGGCGAUGCGUCCACCGGGAGACCAACCAACAGUUCGCCGUCAAGAUCGUGGACGUGGCCAAGUUCACGUCGGCGCCGGGGCUCUCCAUCAACGACCUGAAGCGCGAGGCGACCAUCUGCCACAUGCUGAAACAUGAACACAUCGUGGAGCUGCUGGAGACCUACUCGUCGGAGGGGAUGCUCUACAUGGUGUUUGAAUACAUGGACGGGGCAGACCUGUGCUUCGAGAUCGUCAAGCGCGCCAUGUCGGGCUUUGUGUAUAGCGAGGCUGUGGCCAGUCACUACAUGCGGCAGAUCCUGGAGGCGCUGCUCUACUGCCACGAGAACGAUAUCAUCCACCGCGACAUCAAGCCCCACUGCGUGCUGCUGGCCUGCAAGGAGAACAGCGCCCCCGUCAAGCUGGGAGGCUUCGGCGUGGCUAUCCAGCUGCAGGACGGCGAGCUGGUCAAUGGAGGCCGGAUAGGCACCCCGCACUUCAUGAGCCCCGAGGUGGUGGAGCGGCAGCCGUACGGGAAGCCUGUGGACGUGUGGUCGGCCGGCGUGCUGCUCCACAUCCUGCUGUCCGGCACGCUGCCCUUCUACGGGACCAAGGAGCGGCUGUACGAUGCCAUCUGCCAGGCCAAGCUGCAUCUCAACACGGCCACGUGGGAAGGGGUGAGUGACCACGCGAAGGACUUGGUGCGCCGCAUGCUGACCUUCGACCCCAACGAGCGCAUCACGGUCAAGGAGGCGCUCAGUCACCGCUGGAUCAAGGACCGCGACAAGUACGCCUCCCGCACGCACCUUCACUCCACCGUCGAGGAGAUGAGGAAGAUGAACGCGCGCCGCAAGCUGAAGGGCGCGGUGCUGGCGGCCGUGUCCUCCCCGCGAUGGACGAGCUUCUACUCCGACCCCACCCUCGACCCCUACCCUGAGCUGCCCGCCGACGAUGACGUGUGCAGUACUGGAGCAGUAAGCGUGGUGCUGGACUCCCUGGACGACAUCCAGUGCCUGCAGGAGUGCCCCGUCAAGGACAGGGACUUCCUCCUCUCCGUCCUCGAGGACACGCAGCUCCACGCCCUCCUUGACGUUCUCCAUCACAUCCACACCCAACAGGUAAUUGCCCGCCCUUCUCUUAGUGUAGUGAGUAAGGAAGGAGGAGGAGCCAGUGGAGGAGUGGGAGGGAGUGUUGCGUUGGGCCGAGUGUGUGAUUUCGUGAGUACCCCCUUCCACCUGUCUAGUGUUGGACCUCCCGUUUUCUUUGUUUCGUUCUUCCCGUUUUCCUUUUGA